AUGGGCUCUGCCACCUCCCAGAAACCCUUCACAAUCGCCAUCGUCGGCGGCGGGAUAGGCGGCGUCUCCCUCGCCAUCGGCCUAGCCGCCCGCAACGUCCCCUUCCACAUCUACGAAUCGGCGCCGUCGUUCGGCGAGAUCGGCGCGGGCGUCACCUUUGGCCCCAAUGUCAUCCGUGCCAUGCACGGGCUCUCGCCCGCCAUGCUCCGCGCGUACUCGAAACACGUCACCACCAACGAGCCGCCGGAGCUGGCAGACACGUUCCUGACGUACCGGAGGGGCUGGCUCCCUGAGGGGGAGGAUGAGACAUUCGCACCGCCAAAGAUCUUCAACAUGGUCAACAGGGUCCAGGAGAUCGACGGCAUGACGUUCCCCGUCAGGUGCUGUGUCCACAGGGCGAAGCUGCUGGAUGAGCUCGUCAGGCUGCUUCCGGAGGGGUCGGCGUCUUUUAACAAGACGUUUGUGAGUGUGACGGAGAACGGAAGUGAUACCGGAGGCGGUGUUAUUCUCACGUUCGCGGACGGGUCGACCGCCAUCGCGUCCGCACUUGUCGGGUGCGACGGUAUCAAAAGCCGGACGAGGAAGCUCAUUCACGGGCUGGAUGCCGAGCCGGAGUACUCCGGCUACGUCGGUUACCGCGCAAUGGCACCGCGGGAAGCCUACGAGAGGGUCAUGGGUAAGGAGCUGGCGGGGACAGGCAAUCUCUUCCUCUGCCCGAGCGGACACGCCGUUGCGUAUCCCGUGGAGCACGGAUCGGCACUGAACAUCUUCGCCACGAGCUCCCCGCCCGGGGGUUGGAAAGAAAAGGAGUGGCGAAUGCCGCUGAAGGAAGGCGAGCUCGUCGAUGCCUGCAGGGAAUUACAUCCCGGCAUAGUGAAGCUGCUGCAGGAGCAUGGAAAUGGGGAGACGUGGGCAACGUUUCACUAUCCACAAGACAAGCCGUAUUUUCACGGCAGACUGUGUCUCAUGGGAGACGCUGCGCAUGCUACCACACCUCACAUGGGAGCUGGUGCAGGUAUGGCUAUCGAGGAUGCCCACAUGUUGAGUGGUCUGUUGGGUUCAGUCCAAACGUCAUCGGAUGUCGAAAAAGCUUUCCAGGCUUUCGACGGGGCGAGGCGGCCCAGGACACAAGAAGUGAUCGAGCGGAGUAAGAGAAACGUUGUCAGAUACAAGGAGCUUGCGACAGCCGAGGGGCCUUAUCUUUCAAGCUUGAGAGACGAGUCGUUUGAGACGUUCGGCUGGCUGUUCGACUUCGACCUGGAUGAAAGCCUUCAGAAGGCAGUUUUGACGCUGUAA